UUCUAACUGCGGAAAUACCUCAGCGAUUUUACUGAAUUUGACAUCCUUCGAAUGCCCGUCAUGAGAGGAGGAUUUUGAUGUAACUCUCAAACGGAUGCAACAACUAUUUUGGAAUUUAUCGACUUUUUCAUGCAUAUUCUGUCAAUGAUGUGCUAAUCAACUGCACUAUAGAAAAGAUUCAUUAAACAUCUUCAAUUUGACCAAAAAAUUCCAACUAACUUUUAUUUGGACAGUUAUCUGACUGCAGUUUACUACUCUGGAUUGUUUCUAAGUGCUCCCACCUGUUUUUGGACAUCUUAGAGCGAAUUAACAUUUACAGACUUUGGCAAGAUAAACGAUAAGAACUGGUGAAUGUAAAAGAAUCUUCUGAAAAUACGGAAGUUAUUUUAGUGAAAAUGGAUGCCACGAAACCCGAUGAAGUGAAGGAUGCUCGGGAAAUAGUAAAAGAAACCGUAGAGGACGAUGGCCUUACGCUUCUUAUCAAUAAUAUGGAAGUGAGACAAAUGCAGCCCUUUCCUUACAUAUCAAGAGAAAAUUUACUCUAUCACUUCACAGUCAACACAGUGGGGCCUAUAAUGGUUUUUCAGGAACUGUACUCUAGUCUCCUGAAAGCUGCCGGACGUAAAGAUGUUAAUUCUGUAAUGAGUGUUAACAGAGCAAUGGUCCUUAAUAUAACUUCAAUAUCUGGCAGUAUUACUAGAACGGGAAAGGACUCUGUUCAUGACCUGGAGGUACCAGGAUACAAAAUUAGCAAGGCUGCAUUAAAUAUGGCCAUGAGGAAUUUUGCCGAAAAUGUCAAGGGAGAGAGUAUCCUAGUGAUUAUGAUGUGCCCUGGAUGUGAAAUCAAAGACGCGGGCACAGAUCAAGAAGAAGUCGGAGUCGAAGAAAGCGUUUCUAACAUACUUCAGACAUUACCUAAACUUAACGAGAAACAUCAAGGUACGUAUAUUGACAGAAAUGGAAAUGAAUAUCUAUUUUGAGAAGUGCAUUUGCAUGGACCCAUUGUAUUUAAAAUUUCUUUUCAAUUCAAGCAUAAAGUAAUAGCACUGUGGAAUAAAUUUAUUUAGCUAAGUUUUUUUUUUGGUUUCCUUUCUAUACUCGCUGAAGAACGCUAACAAAAUGAUGUAAUUUCUGUCUA